UUAUGUAGCGGCGCUGGUGCGCGGAUGCGCAUAAAAUUUGAGAAUAGAACGAUACCAGGAUGCACGGUUAUUUUUUGAAAGGGGUCGCUUAUUAUUCUCAAGAUGUUGGACAAUGCGAUUGGGCGUCAAAAAGAACCAGCUAGGCAAUGACAUAAAGACGCUGGACGCUAUGUAAAAAGAGCUUGUUUACUGAGCAAGAGGUUUGCCUGUGCGCAAGUUUUCUGAAGUGGUAGUAGUGAAUAUCUAAAUCGACAAAACACAGCGCUUUCUUUACCUAGAUUCGCAGACUAUAUACUUUUUGGGAAUGUGUAUUAUAAAGUCUUAUUAGCCAAGUCGUGAGUUGUCAUAUAGAGCAUGGUAUGUGGUGGAAGCUCUAAUAUAUAAUAAUAUAUAUUAAAAGAAACAACGUUUUCUAAAAUUUGACUAAAAAAAAUGCUGUCCGUCGGGUGGAUGCAUCUACGGCCUAUACUAAGGCGAAGUUGUAGUUCAUGGUCGAAAAAGUUAGCCGAAGGCCCACCUUUGGAAAGUUUUGUUGCUGAUGCGGCCCUUUUAAAUCGGAAUGUUGCUAAUGAUGAGUUUCCUACAGAAAUGCCAUAUCUCAAUCCUCACGUUGAGAAAAAGAACGUUUUCUUUGAGGUGUAUGGUUGUCAGAUGAAUGUCAAUGACACUGAGAUCGUAUGGUCGAUUCUUAAUAAGAGUGGCUAUAAAAGGGUUACCGAACAGCACCAAGCUGAUGUUAUUCUUAUCAUGACGUGUUCAAUACGCGAGGGUGCGGAAAACAAAAUUUGGCAUCGACUUCGCCAGCUCAAGGGAAUAAAACGCGAAAGAUUUUUGCAGAUCGGGGUCCUUGGCUGUAUGGCAGAGCGAUUGAAAACGACUCUGCUCGAAGUCGAGAAGAGCGUCGACGUUAUUGCAGGCCCAGAUAGUUACCGCGAUCUUCCACGUUUGUUAGAGACUGCGCACGGGGGCCAGACAGGUGUAAAUGUUCAGUUGUCAUUGGACGAAACUUACGCGGACGUAACACCUGUUCGACUAGAUGCGAACAGAAAGACUGCCUUCAUUUCGAUUAUGAGAGGAUGCAAUAAUCUGUGUACAUAUUGUAUCGUCCCUUUUACCAGAGGUCGGGAACGUUCACGGCCGCUGGCCUCGAUCCUGGAUGAAGUUCGUCAUCUGUCCUUCAACGGAGUGAAGCAAAUUACUCUUCUUGGUCAAAACGUUAACAGCUACCGCGAUAUGUCAGCUGAGUCUCAUCCCUUUAUCCAAUACACUGGUGUUGGCCUGGCGAAAGGCUUCAAACAGCGAUGCAAAUUGCCAACUAGCGGGCUUGGCUUUGCCGACCUCCUUCAUCAAGUUGCACAAAUCGACCCGGAGAUGAGAAUCCGGUUUACCUCGCCACAUCCCAAGGACUUUCCAAACGAAGUUCUCCAGGUGAUUUCGUCGCACCGAAAUAUCUGCAACCACCUCCAUUUGCCGGCUCAGAGCGGUAGCACGGUCGUGCUAGAGCGCAUGGCUCGAGGGUAUUCGCGUGAGGACUACCUAUCUCUGGUGGAGACAAUUCGAAGCUAUCUUCCAAACGUUGGGCUAACAAGUGAUUUCAUUAGUGGAUUCUGCGGUGAAACUGAGGAAGACCAUGAGAUGACAGUCGAUCUCGUUCGAAAGGUGAAUUAUAACUUCUGUUUCGUGUUCCCGUACAGUAUGCGAGAGAAGACAAAAGCUCACCGAAAUCUUGAAGAUCUCAUUCCGAUGGAAGUGAAAAAACGUCGUGCCACAGAGGUAUUGGCCGCUUUUCGACAGACUGUUACUCCUCACUUUAAGGCACAAAUUGGUGAUACACAAUUAAUUCUUGUGGAAGGUAGCCCUCGACGGUCAGAUCAGCAGCUCUUUGGACGGAAUGAAGGUAAUACGAAGGUUAUCAUUGACACGGUAACUGUAAACAGUAAACAAAUUUCACCUGGGGAUUAUAUCGCAGUCCAAGUAACUGAUAGUAACUCGCAAGUGCUAAAAGGUCGGCCGCUGUACAAAACGACACUUCAUGAAUUUGAUACCACAGCGACGACGAAAUCGCGUGAAACUUCUCGCAUUUAACAUAAUAUCCAGCUUGUUAAUAAGUAAUGAUUGUGUCAACAGGAAAAUGCUUGUGAAGCAUACGUUAUACAAAUCCAAACAGUUUACAAAGAUAUACAAAAAAAAUUUUUAAAAUAAAAAGAAAAUACAAAAAAAAUACGAAAGAAUACGUUCACGGAAGUUUGAAUUUUGCAUCGCAGCGAAGUAUCCUGAGUUUGCCUAUAUACAGCUCGAGAGCACAAUAACAAAGAUAGUAACUUAAGCCCAAUAAAUAAAACUACCUAAAAUGAACUCCACAUAUAUAAGUGUACGCCCUUCAUAUACAGCCAAAUUUUUAAACAGAAAAAUAUAACUAUGAAUUAACACUAAUAGGUUUUGCUACAGGUAUACAACUUUCGAAUUUUUCUAUUUUGAAGGUUAGCUAAAUAAAGAAACGUGCGUUUUUUAUUGGAAAAAAAUAUUCGAGUAUACACAUUUUUAUUAUCAUUUUUCUUCAUCAUAAUCCUAUUAUUGCCCACUUCGCGUGGACUUCGUCGGCUUUCCCUUGCGCAAAUAUUCGUCUGCCUCUUUACCGUUUUCCCUCAAUUAGAAUUACGUUAUUGUAAAUAUCUGAUCACCUCUUUGUGUCGUUUACAUUUUUGUUGUAAUUGCAUCUGCGUUUCGCUCUUUGCAUUGCUGUUUCGUAGUGUUUUCUCACGUAUUUGUUAAAAUAUCGCAGAUUGGCUACGUCUGACCAGUUUUCCUUUUCGCACUUUAUCUCUUGUUUAGCCUGAAUAGUCGUCCACGUUUUACUUUUUUUUAAUACUUUUCCAAGAACUGUUCUCAAUUUUUGUGUGUGUUGUGCGCCGUUUCUGUCAGUUUUACGCACAUUGUGUUGUAUCCUAGUUCGCCGCUGGGUUUCAUUGGAUCGUACUCUUGCCCAGUGGAACACUUCUGUUUUUCUGGAGUUGUAGAGUGACUAUAUAUAUAUAGAUAUAUAUAUUAGUUCCUCUAUGUAUAUAUAUAUAUAUUUCUGUUCGAUGACUCAAGUUGCUUACUGCUGUAUAAAUGAAUAGGGAAAAUGUUUCACUACUAAAUUUGUUUUAAAAAUUAUUUAGAAUUUAGCGUUCGAUUACUCCACUGCUUAUUCUUAGGAAUUAGUAUUUGCUUUUGUUUCUAUCCGUUUAUUCUUUUUAAUUUUU